CAUGUUUCUCUCUCUCCUCUCUCUUCCUCAAUUUCCGCCAGAAUGCCGCAAGUCGAUCUGGAAACUCUCGUGACAGCGUGUACCGGCGGCGGUCUAGACCGGAAAAUCGCCUGCGAAACGCUCGCCGGCGGCGACGGCGAUAAAGAAGAAGAUCCAGAUCUACCACCAGAACCGCCGUCAGAUUUCCCGCCGGAAUCAUUCUGGCUUUCUAAAGAUGCAGAAUACGAUUGGUUCGAUCGCAACGCGUUCUUAGAACGCAAUGAAUCAACUAAGGGAAAUUCAAACUCAUCCAAUUUGAAUAAUCCAACUGUAAUUCCACCUUCCAAUUCAUCUUCUCAACGAUUCGCUUCUAAUUUGAAAUCCAGAGUUGGGAUUUUCCGAUUACCCAAAACCCAGAAAACUACAUUCGUAGAUCCGUCAAAUCGCCGGAUCUCUAAACCGACCAACAUUAGUUUAUUUCCUAAGCGAUCAGAAUCAAUGGCGAAAUCGGUCGUUACAGAGCCUACAUCGCCUAAAGUAUCUUGUAUGGGGAGAGUUAGAUCGAAAAAAGGCUGCCGCCGGUCGUCAACGGAUGAAUCUAAGAUCUCGGCGACGGCGGCGAUUCCGUUAGAGAAAAGUGGAAGUGUUAGUUAUCAGGAGAAAGGAAUAUGCCGGAUUAUUUUUGGGUUUUUCCGAUCAAAGAGAAGGGGAAAAGAUGAGUUAAAGAAGGAAAAGGAUGAGCGAUCGGAAUGUUAUGAACGCGAGUUUCCGGCGAGAUCGGUGGAACCGGCGGCGGCAUCUGGAAUGGUACCCGGUUUGGGAGGAAUGCAACGGUUCGCUUCCGGUCGAAGAUCUACGUCAUUUGGGGUAGAAAGUUAAGACGUGUUCAAUUCUCAUUGGUAAGAAUUGGCCAAUGUGGGACCCUUGGGAAAGAAAAUCUCCAUAAUUUGGUACUUUUUAUUUUGUUCAGUUUUUUUUAAUUUGUUUUCAUUUUUGUCUCAUUUAUAAAGAGAUUUUUUCAUUUGCCAUAAAAAUAUAUAUUAAAAAAAAAUGGUUGUAAAUUGGGACAUAGAAUAAUUGUUUUUUUAUUCAUGAGAAUGUAAAUUUGGCUUUCAACUACUUUU